AUGUAUGCACUGUUCUAUACUUUAUUUGAAGACACUUUGCUAGAAUUGGAAACUUCCUGCAUUAAUUCAUCUGGUAAAAUUGCUCAGUCACUGGACAAUUCAAGCAGAGAUGGAAGUUUAGGGAUUUCAAUAAAUUUUACCGGAAGUCUAGCGGAGCCAGGAAAUCUUGUUCACCAUGAGCGUCAGGGAUUCACAUCUCCUACCACUUCAAACAUCAAUUCUUUUCGAAACAAGGAACCUCUAAAGGCUUCCAGACAAGCUGCAGGAAUUCCAGGGAUUACUCCAACAGAUGAAAAAGAUGGUAAUCUUCCAGAUAUUGUGAACAGUGGAAGUUUGCAUGAGUUCCUGGUAAAUUUGCAUGAGAGAUAUGGGCCUGUGGUCUCCUUCUGGUUUGGCAGGCGCCCUGUGGUUAGCUUGGGCACUGUCAAUGUGCUGAAGCAGCAUAUCAACCCCAAUAAGACAUUGGACCCUUUUGAAACCAUGCUAAAGUCAUUGUUAAGGUAUCAAUCUGGUGGUGGGAAUGUGAGUGAAAACUACACAAGAAAAAAAUUGCAUGAAAAUGGUGUGACUGAUUCUCUGCAGAGUAAUUUUGCUCUCCUGCUAAAGCUUUCAGAAGAAUUAUUAAAUAAAUGGCUCUCCUACCCAGAGUCCCAGCACAUACCCCUUUGCCAGCAUAUGCUUGGUUUUGCUAUGAAGUCUGUUACACAGAUGGUAAUGGGUAGUACAUUUGAAGAUGACCAGGAAGUCAUUCGCUUCCAGAAGAAUCAUGGCACAGUUUGGUCUGAGAUUGGGAAAGGCUUUCUGGAUGGAUCACUUGAUAAAAGUACAACUCGGAAAAAACAAUAUGAAGAUGCCCUUAUGCAACUGGAAUCUAUUUUGAAGAAAAUCAUAAAAGAACGAAAAGGAAAGAACAUUAGUCAACGUAUUUUCAUUGACUCCUUAGUACAGGGAAACCUUAAUGACCAACAGAUCCUAGAAGACAGUAUAAUAUUUUCUCUGGCAAGUUGCAUAAUAACUGCAAAAUUGUGCACCUGGGCAAUCUGUUUUUUAACCACCUCUGAAGAAGUGCAGAAAAAACUAUAUGAAGAGAUAGACCAAGUUUUUGGGAAGGGUCCUAUUACUCCAGAGAAAAUGGAGCAGCUCAGAUAUUGUCGACAAGUGCUUUGUGAGACUGUUCGGACUGCCAAACUGACCCCAGUUUCUGCCCGGCUUCAAGAUAUUGAAGGAAAGAUCGAUAAAUUCAUUAUUCCUAGAGAGACCCUUGUUCUUUAUGCCCUUGGUGUGGUACUUCAAGAUCCCAGUACUUGGCCAUCACCAUACAAGUUUGAUCCAGACCGGUUUAAUGAUGAGUCAGUAAUGAAUACUUUCUCCUUGCUUGGAUUCUCAGGCACACAGGAAUGCCCAGAGUUAAGGUUUGCGUAUAUGGUGACCACAGUACUUCUGAGUGUAUUGGUGAGGAGACUGCACCUGCUGCCUGUGGAGGGUCAAGUUAUUGAAACUAAGUAUGAACUGGUAACAUCCUCCAAGGAAGAAGCUUGGAUCACUGUCUCAAAGAGAUAGUAAAAAUUUUACAUUACACUUUGGUGAGGAAAACGCCCACUUAGAAAAUUUAUAUUGAAUUCUUUUACAAACCAAGUAACAUUGUGGAAAAUAAUACAGUUCUUUUUUUAUGCAUUUUGAAGUUUCCCUUCUAAGUGACACACUAAAAUUGAGGCUUGUUUGUCCUUCUGUUUUGCUGGAAUUCUUUUUUUAAAAAUAUUUUUUUAUUUAUUUUAAAGAGGAAAGAAGAGGGAGAGAGAGAUAGAAACAUCAAUGAUGAGAGAGAAUCAUUGAUUGACUGCCUUCUGCAUGAUCGAGGAUCGAGCAGGCAACCUGGGUAUGUGCCUUGACUGGGAAUCGAACUGUGACCUUCUGGUUCAUAGGUCGACACUCAACCACUGAGGCACCAUGGCCGGGCUGGAAUUCUUAUUAGCACUAAAUUACUAAUUCUCAAUUGUGGAAAAAACAGAAUUUCUAAAUUUAUUUAUUAUGUCAUAUACUUAACAUAAUGAAUUUAUUAUUAAGAAAUGAGAGAGCACUAACCAAAAACCAAACCAAAUUGAGAAGAAAACAAAGAUGGGUGAAAAUAAUUGCAAAAUAUAGGAUAGAAAGGGAUAAUAACUAUAUUACUUAUAAAGAGCUUAUACAGAUUGGUAAGAAAACAUACUAUUGAUAAAUGGAUAAAAAACAUGAAUAGCAGCUUUUAUAGGAAAAAAUAGCUAAUAAACUUUUAGAAAAAUGGUCAGUCUCACUAAGCAAAGAAAUAUUGGAGCUUUUUCAAAAACAAAUUAAGUAUCUUUUAACAUUAACACUUUAGUACUGAUAAGUUUUAUAUUUAAUACUUUUUAUUGAUAGCAUUGUAUUUAAUCCACUUUUUUUGUUUAUGCUGUUCUUAAAGACUUUUUAAAACGCAUUUUUCCUUCAGUCAACUGAAGGAAAUAUGCCAAGUACAGUUAGCGAGAAAGGAAGAAAAAUGAAAAGUGUUGAAGGUGAGCUUAUUUUUGACACUCCUGAAUUUCAUUUGUAAAUUUAGUUCCAAGAAUGUACCCUAGUUAUUAUUAUUUUAUGCUGUGUUUAUGGUUAAAUAGCUAACAUUUUAGACCUAGUUAUGAGUGAUGAACGUAGAAUUUAAUUAGAUGCAGGCUUUAUUUCUGACAAAACAUUUAACUUCUAGACUAAUUUAAAUUUUAAAACUUUCAGUCAAAUUUUAAAACUGUAAGUAUUCAUAGCUCCUAGCACCAUGUUUCUAAAAAAAAUAAAUUGUUAAAUUUAUUCCCA